GGCAUAGGACAGAGUCUUGGAAUUAAGAUCGUGGACGUUAUUUAAAAGUCAGACUGCAAGUGAGACCAAACGGAUUCUCUUGCGCAUCGGAGCGACAGUUUAUCAUGUUUGCUGAUGGGCGGUCGGAACUUCAUGACAAAUCUAAUUCCACUUUUUUGUGAAUUACGCAUGGACAAAAAACAAACUAUGGACAACAGCAGCUCUGAGGAAUUGUAAUUUGGCUGCGCUCAAAACUACUGGAGUACAGCUUAACACGACUUGUCACACCAUUUGAUUUAGAAAAGCGUGUGACAUUUCUGCGCGGGGAAUUUGUGCAAGUCAGAUGCGUAAAGUUUAUUAAAAGCAUCAUAUUUCAAGAUGCAUGCACUGAGUGUUAAAAUAUCCCCAUUUUAUUUUGAGGCAUGGAGGAAAGAAAAUGCAUCAUGGAAAUGUGACAUGAAGGAUUUAGUUUCUGUCAUGUUUUAAUAGAAGUGACAGAUUUUGAUGAUCUAUCCAUUCAAAGGACCCACGUCAAAUCAGUCAAAGCGACAGGAUUAACAAACUUUUUGGCACCACCUAAAGUUUAUUUAUUAUUUCCCUCUUUUCGCACUGAUAUUUCAAGUUAUUAUCACCCCCAAAAGCGUGUGCCCUGAUGUCAUGGGCUGACCUGGGGCCGCACAUUUGAUUGUGUGGGGGACAAUGUCGGGACCCUGCGUCCGCAUCUCUUUUUGGGUUCGUUUGUGUCUCCUGCUGCUUCUUCACGGCAGCGCAUCGGAGUGCAGAGUCUCCGAGGGUUGUCCGGAGCUCCUCUCCAGCGGCUGCAGCUGCACGGAGGACCGCGCUAAAGCUCACCCUGCGCCCGGGGCGCGGAGGAAAGUAAGCUGCGGUGGAAAGGAGCUGACGGAAACUCCCGAAGUCAGUCUGCUACCCAACCGGACCGUUUCUCUAAAUCUGAGCAACAAUCGUAUCCGUGUGCUAAAGAAUGGCUCCUUCACUGGCUUGUACUCCCUCGAGAAAUUGGAUCUCAGGAAUAACUUGAUCAGCACAAUCAUGUCUGGGGCCUUUCUGGGUCUCACAGCUCUUCGAAAACUUGACCUAUCCAGUAACCGAAUUGGCUGCCUGUCUCCAGAAAUGUUCCAGGGACUUACCAACCUCACUAAACUAAACAUCUCUGGAAACAUCUUUUCCUCUCUGGACCCAAAUGUCUUUCUGGAGUUGCACUCUCUAAAGCUGGUGAACUUUCAUUCGGAGUUCCUGUCAUGUGACUGCGGUCUUCGUUGGGUCCCAGGAUUUUUCCGCAGCAGUUCCACCCGGCUUGGGGAUGAAACACUCUGUGCAUACCCCACAAGUCUUCAAAACAAACCCCUACGUCUCUUGAGAGAAAGUGACCUCAGCUGUGAGGGUCCAUUGGAACUGCACACUCUGUCUCUGCUACCUUCCCUACGGCAGGUCGUGUUUAAGGGGGACAGACUACCUUUCCACUGCACUGCUUCCUUAGUUGACAAAAUUACUGCCCUUCACUGGCGACACAACGGUCAGGCUGUCACCACUGACCCUACACACGGGGUUCAUCUGGAAGAAAGUGUACAACAUGACUGCACCUUCAUCACCAGUGAGCUGAUUCUAUCAAAUGUCCACAUUGAGGCCAGUGGCGAGUGGGAGUGUGUGGUGUCCACAGGCCAUGGGAAUGCCUCGCGUAGUGUAGAGAUAGUGGUACUGGAGAAUAGCGCCUCCUUCUGUCCGGAGCAGAGAGUAACCAACAACCGAGGGGAGUUCAGGUGGCCCCGAACUCUGGCUGGCAUCACCUCCUACCAGUACUGUCUCCAGCUGCGCUACCACACCUUAGGGGGUGUUGUGGAGCAGAAGAGAGCAUCACGUUACUGUGACCGCUCUGGACGCUGGGAGGAGGGAGACUACUCUCAGUGCCUAUAUACUAAUGACAUCACAAGGGUUCUGCAUACGUUCAUACUGAUGCCCAUCAACGCCUCUAACGCAAUGACUCUGGCACAUCAGGUGCGAACAUACACUCUAGAGGCCGCUGGUUUCACUGACACAGUUGAUGUUCUGUAUGUGGCUCAGAUGAUGCAGAAGUUCAUGAACUAUGUGACAGAACUGCGUGAGCUUUCAGAGGUGCUAGUGGAAAUGGGCAGUAACUUGAUGCAGGUAGAUGAUCAGAUUCUGGCUCGGGCUCAGAGAGAAGAAAGAGCAUGCAGUUCAAUUGUCUACUCCCUCGAGACGCUUGCUUGGCCUCAGCUGCACUCUCACGCUCAGGAUCUUUCCAUAAUUUCUCGCAAUAUUGUGCUUGAGGCUCACCUGAUUCGUCCGGCACAUUUUACUGGCAUGAGCUGCACAGCCUAUCAGAGGCGAGAAGGGACUGGAGGGAGUCAUGAUGGAAUAGAAUCUGCCCUUGAGCAGCAGCUGCGGUUCCGCUGUACCACAGGAACACAUAAUACCUCACUUAAUGCUUUUCCUCUGAAGAAUGCAGUGGCUCUUGCUUCAGUGUCUCUCCCUGCGUCGCUCUUUCCGCCGAAUGCUCCUCCUGACUGUAAGCUGCAGUUUGUGGCAUUCCGCAAUGGAAGAUUCUUUCCUUUUACCGGAAAUUUUAGUGGACCUUCUGACCUCACUCGUAGACGUGCCAUCAACACUCCAGUUAUCUAUGUUAGCCUUGAUGGAUGCAGCAUGUGGAAUCAGUCAGAUCCCAUUAUUGUGUCAUUACGACACACAUCACCUGGAAAUGACCCUGUUGCUGCUCACUGGAGUUUGCAGGCCCUGGAGCAUCAUGGCAGUUGGAGUCUAAAUGGCUGUCAGUUGGCCCAUACCGACGCAUCCAGCUCUACUCUGUGGUGCUCUGUGCUAAGCAACUCUGCUGUACUUCAGGAGAUGCCGGAUUUCCCAGGUUCUCCUUCAGUUCCAGUGGAAGUUCUGCACCCUGUGAUAUACAGCUGCACGGCAGUGCUGCUGCUCUGUCUGUUCACCAUCAUCAUCACCUACAUACUGCACCACAGUUCUAUCAGAAUCACAAGGAAGAGUUGGCACACCCUCUUAAACUCUAGUUUCCACAUCGCAAUGACAUCUGCAGUAUUUGCUGGAGGCAUCACUCUAACCAGCUACCCAAUAGUAUGCCAGGCAGUGGGGAUUGUUCUUCACUACUCUUCUCUGUCCACUUUGUUAUGGAUCGGUGUUAGUGCCAGAGUAAUCUAUAAAGAAGCUUUACUGAGGUCUCCACAACAGCUAGAAGGCGAGAUGGCUGUACAACCACCCCAGCGCCCCAUGCUGAGGUUUUAUUUGAUAGCUGGAGGUGUCCCACUCAUUAUAUGUGGAAUCACUGCAGCGGUAAACAUCAAUAACUAUGGAGACAACAUUCCUUACUGCUGGUUGGUAUGGCAACCCAGUUUCGGUGCUUUCUACAUUCCUGCUGGAUUGAUCAUUCUGGUGACCUGGAUCUACUUCCUGUGCACUGUGUUUCGCCUGAGGCACCGAAACUGCGAGAGCUCCAAAGAUCCUCCUUGCUCCGCCUCUGAACCCUCCCCCUUGCCGGAGAGCCAACCAGCACUCAGCGGCAGCUCCAGUCUACUCUCGACGGACUCUGUUGUGAGCCCGGUAUAUGCUGGGAUAAUGGUAGAAGACCAGUACUCAUUGAAGGUACAGUGUUUGGCACUGGCAACGAUGCAAUUUGUGUUUGUGGGGCUGUGGUGUUGCGGUGCUAUGGCAAUUUGGCAUGUUGACAGAGAACGAAAGCUGUUCAGCUGUCUCUAUGGGGGAACUGCCACCGGAUUAGGGAUUUUCUUGGUGCUCCAUCACUGUUUAAAGCGUUUGGAUGUCCAGGCAUCAUGGCUAGGCUGUUGCUCUGGGUAUCGUCGGUCUCAACCCAUGCCAGCCUUUAGCCACCCCUGUACUGCAACUGUUGGGGUUCAAAGUACCUCAGAUAGGGGCUCACAACUUUUUAUAGCCUGCCAUCCACCGACAGACCCCAACCAUUACUCUUCCUCUGCCAGGUCCUCAUCUACUCCAAGUGGAACUAGUAGCAUUGGUGCUGGGCCUUGCAAACUCACCAACCUUCUCCAGAUGACCCAAGACAAUGCUAACAAUGCCACCAGAGCACCAACAAGAACUAAUAACAGCACAAGCACAGAGAACAAUGUAAACAACAAGCCUGCCAAUAACAUGCCACCCAGUCUGAGCAGCACACUGCCCACGCAGCAGCCUCAAAGGAGGAAGGCUUGUAGUAGAACGAAGGGUGGCAAUGGCCAGCACCAUCACAGAGGCGAUGGCAGAGGGCACUAUCGCCUCAAAGCUCUCAGAGCAGGUGGAGGAGGUAGCAUGGGUGCUUUAGGACCCUCUGGGACAGAGCAAUUAAAUAUACACCAUCUACCCAAACAUGCUUCCACUGAUAAUGGAAGUCUACGGAACAGCCAUUCAGAGAGCCAAAAUGUGCCUCUGACCAAUGGGCAACACAGAGGGGAAGGACUCGCCACAAGCCCUUCAGAAGGUAGUGAUGGAGGGAGUAGUGAAUGUAGAAAACCUUUUCCACUGUUGCCCUCUGUGGCCAGUAGGGUCGCCAUGCAGCAGAAUGCUCAACGGCGCAGUGCUAGCAAAGACAAUCUGAAACUGGCAGCUGCGGCUGAAAGAGAAUCUAAGCGGAGCUUGUUUCCUCUCAACAUGGCAACAGAUGUCACCGGGACAGUCACAGCGACAGCCUUGUUGUCAGCGGUUUCAGCACCAAAUGGAACACUAAAGGGUUCCGUGAUAGAACUGGACACAAGCGGGACAGACCAAUCACAGUGUUCGGUUGGUAUGAAGAGCAGGGUUUGGAAAAGUGAGACAACAGUAUAAUACUGAGCAGAGGGUAUAAUUGAAAGAACUGACAUUCAAAGUUUCUUGAAAAGCGUGAACGGUGUUCUUUUUUUUCUCCACAAGAGAAACAGUUGGCUCCUUUUAUGAUCUACCUUGUAUAUUCAAAGGAUAGUUUACCCCAAAAAAUUUUUUCCAUACAAUGAAAGUAAAACAUUAUGCCUAAAAUGUUCUACUACGGGAAGAAAGUGAUACAGGUUUGGAACAACAUGAGGGUAAUUUCCAAAAAUUAAAAUGAUCUCAUCAUAUACUCACCCUCAUGCCAUCCCAGAUGAGUAUGACUUUCUUUCUUCUGCAGAACACAAACAAAGAUUUUUAGAAGACUAUUUCUGCUCUGUAGGUCAGAACAAUGCAAGUUAAUAGUGACCAGUCCUUUCAAGAUCCAAGAAUCACAUAAAGGCCACAUAAAAGUAAUCCAUAAGCCUCCAGUGGUUAGAAGCGAUAUUAUAAGUGUGGGUAAGAAACAGAUAAAUAUUUAAGUCCUUUUUUACCAUAAAUCUCAACUUUCACAUUCUUUUACAUUUUGAAAGUGAAAGUAGAGAUUUAUGGUAAAAAAAAAGAAAAAAUUAUUUAUUUUUUUAACAUAUAUUGAUUUAAGUACUGUUUCUCACUUAGACUUAUCAUAUAGUUUCUAUUGAGGCUUCUACUGAGGCUUCUGUUUGCCUCAGUCACCAUUCACUUUCAUUAAAUCCUUUUUCCAUACAAUGAAAGUUAAAUAUUCUGCCUAAAAAUUUCCACAGGGAGAAAGUCAUAUAGGUUUGGAACAACAUGUGGGUAAGUGAUGCCAGAAUUUUUAAUUUUUGGGUGAACUAUCCCUUAAAGCUUUGGAAAUCGUCUUUGAACUGUCCAACUGAAAGUGGUUGCCAGAUAAUAGUUAUUUUGUUUGUUGGCAAUGCUUUCAGGGGCUCUUAUCAUUGUGGUGUCUUAUGAGGGACAUUAUGAAGUUGUUUUAUACAUAUAAAGAAAGAAAAGAGGUGUGUGUGCAAAACUUUACGCAUCCAUAAAGACAUUUGGUUUAAGUUGGUGUAAUAAAAUAUGCAAAAAUGUUUUGUGCUUUUGUUUGUCUGUAAUACCACUUAAUCUAACAACUUUUUUGAACACAAUGAACAAAUAUCAUUUUAUUUGGAAUAUACCAAGGGAUAUGUGAGCAUAAAUUUCACCUAUUUUGAUCUUUAUGUUACUGACUAUGCAUAUCGAGACAGCUACAAUAUGUUUGUUUCCCAAGUGCUUUGUUUUGUUGUUGUUCUUGUUUCUGUUGUGUUUAUUGUUUUCUGUUGUGUGUUUUUAUUCAAUGUAUUUCAUUUAUGUGUCUGUAAGAAUGUACAUUAUGUGUUAUGUAAGUACUGUUUGACCAUUACAGUGUUAAUUCAACUUUAUUAACUCUAGCACUAAUAAGCAUGCAUCCUUUUAGUCAGUCCAUCAUGAAUAUGGAAAACUAAGAAUUCCACACCAAAUUUCCACGUGAUAAUUGGUAGUAAGAAUAUUGCUCUUUUUCUACUCAAGUUGUUGAGCAGAAACAAACGCUUUGGAAAAAAAAAAGUUGAAUCAUAGUGCCCUCUACUGGGUAAUUUCUGCCAUUGAUCAAAUGCACUGAAAACGAAUCCCGUUGUUGGACAACUUAUAUGAACAAAGUGAUAACUGCGGCAGUGAUUGGAUGAAGAGGGAUGAUUGUCCAUACUUGUUCUGUUGUAGUACCAUGUAUAACAUGGAUUUUUAGCACUUGGUUCAGGCCUGUUUUUCUCAUGUCGUAACCUGAUGGCUCAGGUUAUGGAGUGAGCAUUUUAUGUAUUCUUAUAAAUGAUGUAUUUAUAUUAUACAUAUCAGUAUUAAUGUUUUGGUGGAAUUGUUAGUAUGCAAUUUUAUGAUAAUCAGUAUUUUACAGUGGAUUGGUGGCCUCAUCAUUUGUUAUAACAAAUUGUGUUCAUUACCAAGCUUCAUUUAGCCCAAAAUGCUUAGCUACAGUAUUACUAAAAAUUUGUAAUGUACCAAGAAUUAUUAUUACUCCCUUCAAAGCAUAUUCAAAAUUCUGUUAUCUGAUAGCAAGGAAUUUCCGAAAAUAAUCAUUAUUUUCUAUAUGUUCCUCAAAUUUUAUUCCUCAAGAGUAUCCAAAUGACUUCUCAUGCAAGUAAAGAAUUAACGAUCCAAGGAAUUCUCAGAUCAGUGUGAGAUCAUUUUACUAACUCAAGGUACAGUUUUUGUGCUGUUAUUUUUAGACCUUUGUCACAUUGUGUCACACUGUUACAAAGUCAGAAGCGAAAUGCAUUGCCUGUCUUUAGCUUAAACUUUAAUUGAAAUAAGAUAACUUUUAAAGUGUGUUUUCAGGGAUGUUUGCAUGCCAAAGAUGCUUAUGAUUUAAACACCUUUUAACAUUAGAGUAAUGAGCUUAUUUACAAUUUUGUAAAAUGUUACAGACAUAUUCGUAAUUUACCUCUACAAGCCAGGAAUCUCCCUUAAAGGAAUAGUUCACCCAAAAAUGAAAAUUUGCUGAUAAUUUACUCACACUCAGGCCAUCCAAGAUGUAUCUGAC